AUGCAAAAGACGACACCCUCACGAACACCGAUCUACAAGGACGCUCCUUUGAACAGUCACUCACCUUCUGUCUCUCCUGCUCUGAGCAAUGCCUCUCUUGCCAUAGCACAGGCUACAGGAACAGCUAUACCAACAUGGGAUACGCUGCGCAAGGAUGCUCGCCAUGUCGAAAUCGAAAUUGAAUCAAAAUUGACAACUCUAUCAAAAUCAGUGGUCAAAAUUAACCAAGUUGGACGACAACAGAUCGCUCCAGUACCAUCAGAAUCUGGUCAAGACAGCGGUGCAGGUGUAACUGCCACCCCAGAGGAACUUGAAAAGUCUAUUGAAGACCUGCUUGCGAAGUUGAAUCGGCUGGUGGACGCUAUGUCGGGACAUAUCGAGACACACACUCAAACCAACGGUCAGGCACCUCUGACUAUGGUACACACGCUCCAGAAGCACAGAGAUAGCCUUCACGACUACACAAAGGAAUACAAGAAGACAUGUCAGAACGUACGGGCGGCGAGAGAUCAUGCUCAACUAUUAAGUUCCGUUCAGGAGGAUAUCAGCGUAUUUAAGAACGGAGCUUCAGGAAGCAUGUCAGCCACUGACUACUUGUUGAAUGAGAGGUCAAGAAUCGAUGGCAGCCAUCGACUAGCAGAUAGUGCGCUUGAGCAAGCGUAUGCAACACACGAUGACUUGAGGCGACAGGGAUCGGCGCUGCAGAAUGUCAACCAGAGGAUUAACAAUGUGGCCUCACAGCUCCCUGGUGUGGGUCAAUUGAUUGGUAAAAUUCAAUCAAGAAAGAACAGGGACAAUGUCAUUCUUUCCUGUGUCAUCGGCUCCUGUGUUGUCUUUGUUCUGUACACUAUCAUGUAA